AUGGCUGCCAGCAAUGCCGUCACUGUCCUCAUUGUUGGAGCUGGCAACAUCAAUUUUGGCUCUCCCGAGGGCCCUUGGAACCACUCCAAGCGGCUGGAGGAGCUUCUUGACCUACGGCUCCGGGUCGUCGGCAUCGUCGACCCUGCAACUGCACGCGCACAGGAUGUGUUGGCCGCCAAGGCCAGAUCACAGGCGGCUGGCUCAUACAUGGACUGUGUAAUCUACCCCUCCGUACAAUCGGCAACAGCGGCACUGGCCACCACCCCGCCACAUCUGGUGAUCGUUGGCUGCCCUCCGGCCUUUCGAAGCACGACCGACCCGUCCCGCGGCUAUGACAUCGAACGCCAGCUCUCCGACUCCUUUCCGAACGCUGCGCUCUUCAUUGAGAAGCCCGUAGGGGCUGGCGACGUGGGCGAGGCCAAGGCAGUUGCGGAUCUUCUCGAGAAGCGCAAAUCGAACCUUGUGAUGGUGGGGUAUAUGUUGCGCUACUCGGCCGCGGUGCAGAUGAUGAAGCGCAUCAUCGAAGACGACAACCUCGUUGUGAUGAUGACGAGCGCCCGGUACGUAAUGGCGUACGAGCAUAGCACCAAGACGGCGUGGUGGGACAAAAGCAUCGAUUGUGGGCCGAUUGUCGAACAGGCCACGCACUUCUGCGACCUUUCACGGUAUUUUGGGGGCGAGGUUGACCUGGACAGCAUCAUGGCCCACUCCCUCGAGUGGUAUGAGAAGCCAGGUCACCUCACCAAGAUGUCCGUAGACGAGUCGCUUAUCGCCGAGGACAACCGUAUCCCGCGGUUUACCUCAGCGUCCUGGAAGUAUGCUUCGGGUGCCAUCGGGCACCUCGAGCACGGCGCUGCCCUCCACGGCACAGAGUUCAGCACCGAGUUCGUUGUCUUCGCCGAUGGGUAUCAGCUCAAGUUGACGGACCCGUAUAACAGGCCAACUCUUUCUGUGCGACGUCCUGGAUCUGAUCGCGAGGAGGUUCAUACGUUCUACGACGACGACCCGUUCCUCAAUGAGAUGGCAGCGUUCAUCGACGCUGCAAUGCUGGACAAGAAGGAGACCAGCCCAAUCCUCAGCAGCUACGCCGACGCUGUCAAGACAUACGAGAUGACGUGGGCCAUCCGUUUGGCCAGUGAGAAGACGCGUAGGCCCAUGGUCGUCGCAUCAACUCCGCUGCCAAAGGGCACUGUUCACGCGCCACUGGAGUGCCGCUCCCAUAAAGCCUUCCCUGGAGUCGUCCCGGUCCCAACGACGCUGCCUGUGUCCGAAGCCGUGGUUAGAGCGUCGUAG